AGAGAGCCAGAGAGAGAGAGCCACGGAGCCACAGAGAGAGAGCCACAGACAGCAGCAGGAGAAGAUGGAGGCUGUUUUCCAGAUGCUUGUCUUUGGUCAGACGUCUGUUUCAGUGCCUGAAGACCCUGUGUACCACCUCAUCAAAGAAAAGAAGACAUGGUCUGAAGCUCAGGAUUACUGCAGGAAGAACCACACUGACCUGGCCACAGUCCACCACAUGAGGGACCUGGAGAGACUGAAGAGGACUGCAGCAGGCGGAGGAGCAGGCGGAGGAGCAGGCGGAGGAGCAGGAGGAGGAGCAGGCGGAGGAGCAGACGUGUGGAUUGGACUUUAUCAAACCAGUGAGCUCUUGGUAAACAGGACGUGGCUCUGGUCUCAUCCUGAUGUCAAGUUCAAUGUAACUGAGGCAAAGUGGAAAAGAGACGAGCCGACAGACAAAAACAACCACUCUUAUUCCACCGCUUCACGUGAAAACUGCGUUUUUAGCAACGGCGCCUGGACGGACUCGGGCUGUGGACACACUCGCUGUUUCAUCUGCUACAACGACUCGUCCAAGGCUGCUUUUACUUACACCAACAGCGCAAACUGGACCCAGGCCCAGACGUUCUGCAGACAGAACCACACUGACCUCCUCAGUGGAGCUGAGCAGUUACACCUGAGGAACACGUCUGGUGACUGCUGGAUCGGACUGUUCAGAGACACCUGGGGCUGGUCAGACGGCAGCGAGUCUUCAGUGAGAGCGUGGGACCAAUGGGACCAGGUUUUAUUAAGUCAUCCAGACAAAAAUGAGAAACGAUGUGUGACCCUGAGAGCAGACGGCAAAAUGCAGAUGGAAUACUGCAACAAGAACAAACACUUCAUCUGUUAUGACGAGCUCCUCGUCCUGGUGAAAGAAAACAAAACCUUUGAGGAGGCUCUGCACCACUGCAGACGACACUACCGCGACCUGGCCUGGUUCACCGACCGUGAUCACCUGAAGAAAAUGACGCAUCAGAGAGCCAAGAUGGCCGACAGCGACGCCGUGUGGGUGGGGCUGCACUACAGCUGCUUUCUGGAGGCUUGGAUCUGGGUGAACGGUCACUACGUCUCUGACAAGAAUGAGAACUGGAAAGUUCAUGGAGAGAGUGAGUGUGGAGAGGAUGGAGCCGUGGAGCGAGGAGACGAUCACCAGUGGGUCAAGAGGAAGUCCUGGGAAAAACUCAACUUCAUAUGUGUGCGCUGAAACAGACUCAGCUUCAUGUGUGUGUGUGUG